AUGCCAUCCCUCGCCUACAUCCUCGCCUCCACCCUCAUCCUCCUGACCACGGCCUUCCUCCGUCUCAUCUACAUCCUCCCCGCCUUCCACCGCAGCCGUCCACCCCCACGCGCACGCGGGACGCCGACCCACCUUCUCGUCGUCCUCGGCAGCGGCGGGCACACGGCCGAAAUGCUCUCCCUCCUCGCCUCGCUCGAUCCGGCCCGUUACACAUACAGAUCCUACGUGAUCGGAAGCGGGGACGACUUCAGCGCUGGGAAAGCUCAGGGGUUCGAGCGAGGUCUUGCGGCCAGGGAGGAGGAGGGGGAUGAGAAGAAGAGGCGAGGGACUGUCGGCUUGACGGGUGCGGAAGGGGAAGAGAUGACGGGGAUCUUGAGGAGGGACUAUAGCAUCCACACCGUCCCUCGAGCUCGGCGGAUACAUCAAUCACUUUUGACCUCGCCGCCGAGCUCGCUGAGGUGUCUUUACGCCGGUCUCAUGCUACUCUACUGGCAUCCCAAAGGGUAUCCGGAUCUCAUACUCACGAACGGGCCUGCUACCUCUCUCGUUCUGAUUUUGGCGGCGACGAUCUUGCGCUACUUCUCUUUCCUGCCUCUCGUCGGUCCAGCUAGGCAGUCUGUGCGAGGCCAGGGCAGCGCGGGCAAAAUGCGGGUGAUCUAUGUUGAAUCCUGGGCGCGGGUCAAACGGCCAAGUUUGAGUGGAAGAAUCAUCGUGUGGUGCGGUCUUUGUGACCGGGUGCUGGUGCAGUGGAAAGGUUUGCAAGAUAGGGGCUGGGGAGAAUACAAGGGAGUACUUGUCCGAUGA